AUGGCCUUCAAGACACUUUCAGCUAAAGCUGCUGCGGCCCUAGACCAGGAACUCAUGAGCACCGGUGCUUUCUCCAUUGACCAGCUCAUGGAGCUUGCUGGACUGUCGGUCUCGCAGGUCGUUCAUCAUGUGCACCCACCCAGCAAAGGCAACAGAAUACUUGUUGCUUGUGGCCCUGGGAACAAUGGCGGCGACGGCUUGGUAGCUGCCCGUCAUCUUCGCCAUUAUGGAUACCAACCCUCAGUCUACUAUCCAAAGCGCAGUAAAAAUGACCUUUACCAGCGACUGGCGAAGCAAUUAGAAGAUCUUGAAGUCGCAUUCGUGGAUGACUUCAUUUCGGCUAUGAAAUCAACAGAUCAUGUCGUCGAUGCCGUUUUUGGCUUCAGCUUUUCCGGUGAGGUUCGCGAGCCUUUCCCCGCAGUCAUCCAAGCGCUUGAAGAAACAAAACUCCCAGUAACCUCCAUUGAUGCGCCAUCUUCCUGGGAUAUCGAGAAUGGCCCUCCACAAGCCGGCUUAGGAAGUAAAUUUAGCCCUACAUACCUGGUCAGCCUUACAGCUCCUAAGCCUCUGGCUCAACACUUCAAAGGUCGGCAUUUUAUUGGGGGGCGCUUUGUCACUCCAGCCAUUGCAAAGAAGUAUGAAUUCGAGGUUCCGAGCUACCAAGGAAUAGACCAAUUUGCCGAAGUGGGUGGUGGGAGCGUUCGAAAAUUAUAA